AUGCCUCGACGGUCGUCUCGGCCUGAUCCUGCGUCGCCUGAAGCGCCUAUGGCGUCAAAGCGACGCGCUUCAGCCAGACUGUCCGCCGCCGAACCGGGGGUCAAACGGGUCAAGUCAAAAGCCGACCUGUCCCUCCGCCAGGCAAAGUCCACGACCAGCAAGAGCAAGUACUUCGAGCCGGAAGACUCCGAUGAGCCCGACUCUGAGUCCGAUGCGUCUGCGGGGGGGUCCUCUGGCUCUUUGUAUGAGGAAGCAAAGGAGGAAUCCCCCGCCGAGGAUGCGGAGCCGGAAGAACUUUCCGACCCCGACGAGGAUGCGAGGAAAAAGCCCAGCGCGAGGGGGAAGCGACGACACAGCACCGGCAGCGGAAGCGACCUUAUAAAGGGCCAGGAGCUCUGGCGCGAGGGUGUUAGAGCGGGCCUAGAGCCCGGGCAAGAAGUUAUCAUCGCAAAGCCCAAGGCUCGAGAGGCGGGGAAGAUCCCGUACCAGGAUGAGACGCUGCAUCCCAAUACCAGGCUGUUUUUGAUCGAUCUAGCUACCAACAAUGACCGCCAAUGGCUAAAAGCGCAUGAUCCGGAUUACCGAGCGGCAAAGAAGGACUUUGAGACAUUCGUUGAUUCCCUCACGCCGAAGAUUGCAGAGGUAGAUGCUACCAUCCCGGAACUUCCUGUGAAGGACUUGGUAUUCCGCAUCCAUAGGGAUGUUCGAUUCAGCAAGAAUCCGCUUCCAUACAAGGUAGGCUAUCUUCCUCCCCGGGUCCUGUCGAUGUCCCUGUCGCACGUAUACACGCAUUUCUCUGCUGCCUGGUCUCGGACUGGUAAGAAGGGCCCGUACGCAGCAUACUAUGUCCACUUCCAGCCAGGCUCUUGUUUUGUUGGCUGCGGGCUGUGGAAUCCGGAGUCAGAGCCACUUGCACUGCUGCGGGAGGACAUCGACGAGAACUCGGCUGGCUUGAAGGAGGUACUCCGGGCGCCGGGGAUGCGUCGUGAGUUUCUGAAGGGAGUGUCCGACGAUGACGAUGCGGUUGUGGAUGCUUUUACGCAUCACAAUAAGGAGUCUGCUCUCAAGACGAAGCCCAAGGGUUACGAGGCAGACAACAAGAACAUCAAAUUACUUCGGCUACGCAGUUUCACUAUUGGAAAGCCCAUUGCGGACAAUGAACUCACUGGAGACGAUGCACAAGAGAAGAUUGCUGCUUUGGUUAGGGUCAUGGAGCCUUUCGUAAGCCUUUGUCCAAUCUAUCGAUUCCCGAUUUCCCUUUCCCGCCGGUUUUGCCCCCCUCUUGACUAG